CGAAUCUUCAGCAAGUGAGUCUUCAUCUUGACAGAGAAAGAUGGCUUAUUUUCUAUGGACUCUAUGCCUGAGUUUCCUACUUUUGGCUUUUGGCAGCAGAGCUGCUGCUCCAAGAAAGCCUAUAGAUGUACCUUUUGGUCGCAACUAUAUACCAACGUGGGCCUUUGAUCACAUCAAGUACUUCAAUGGAGGUUCUGAGAUUCAGCUCAUUCUUGACAAGUACACUGGUACUGGCUUUCAAUCCAAGGGCUCUUACUUGUUUGGCCAUUUUAGCAUGCACAUAAAGAUGGUUCCUGGGGAUUCUGCGGGAACUGUAACUGCUUUCUACUUGUCUUCUCAAAACUCUGAGCAUGACGAGAUAGACUUCGAGUUCCUGGGAAACAGAACUGGGCAACCCUACAUUUUGCAGACAAACGUGUUCAGCGGCGGCAAGGGAGAUAGAGAGCAGAGAAUUUAUCUCUGGUUUGAUCCUACAACGGAGUAUCACACUUACUCUAUACUAUGGAACUUGUAUCAGAUUGUGUUUUUUGUCGAUGAUGUGCCCAUUAGGGUGUUCAAAAACUGCAAAGAUUUGGGAGUGAGAUUCCCAUUCAACCAGCCGAUGAAGCUGUAUUCAAGCUUGUGGAAUGCAGACGACUGGGCUACACGGGGUGGUUUGGAGAAGACAGACUGGUCCAAGGCUCCAUUUAUAGCCUCCUACAAAGGGUUCCACAUAGAUGGCUGUGAGGCAUCAGUGAAUGCCAAUUUCUGCGAGACACAAGGCAAGCGUUGGUGGGAUCAGAAGGAGUUUCAGGACCUUGAUGCUGCUCAGUACCAGAACCUCGGCUGGGUUCGCCAGAAGUAUACCAUUUACAAUUACUGCACUGAUCGCGCCCGCUUCCCCACGGUGGCUCCUGAAUGCCAGCGUGACCACGACAUUUGAUCCUCGUAAACACCUGCAAAAGGAAAUUUAAUAUGUAUUUGCUGCAAGCAAGUGCCUUUAAUUAUUUCCCUUCAUUGAAAUUAUUACAUCAGAGUUCUGAUAUUUUAAUCAAGCUUUUGCUUGUAUGGUUAAUAUGUAUUUGUUUUAAAUGGGUCAUGUAAAAUGAAAUGCAGUGGAAAUAUUUGUUUCAA